AUGGAUACUAUUGAUAGUUAUCUUGGCGAUUUUCUGGAAAAUGAUGAUGAGGAUCAGGAGAAUAAUAGCAAAUUACAAAACAUGAGAUCUGGUGUAAUAUUUCUUGUUGAUUGUACACCUACAAUGCUUGGAUUAACGAAUAAUAAUGAUAAUAAUAGUUCAAUAAAUUCAUCUGGAACAACCACGUCGACACCAACGACGAUGACAACAGAAAGCGGAUUUAAUUUAAGUUUGUUAUGCUGUCAAACAUUUCAACAAAAUAAAGCCCUUCAUAGUCCAUUUGAUAUGAUUGGUUUAGUAUUAAUGCGUACUAAUGAAUCAUCACCUGAUAUGAAAAACAUUAUGGUCUUACAGCCUUUAGGUCUAGCUGAUGCUACGCGUAUAUUAGAGAUUGAACGAAUAAGACAGUUGAAACCAGAAGAAUUAGAAAAACGUUUUGGUACAAUCGUCGGUCAGACUAAUAAUACCACUACAGCCUUUCCUUUACAUGAGGCAUUAUGGGCAUGUCAAAAUUUAUUCAUCACAUGUUCAAAAUCAUUUGGUAUUAAGCAUAUCUUUCUGUUUACUGAUGAUCCUGAUCCAGUGAAUAGAAAUGUUAAUCUUAAAAGAAGAGCAAUCGCUAAAAUGGCAGAUAUGAGACAAUAUGGUAUAGAACUUGAGGUUAUUCCAAUCAAAUUAGAAAAGUCACAAUUUCAAUAUGAAUUAUUCUAUGAUGAGCUUCUAGAAGAUGAAAUGUCGCUUACGGAUCUGAAUAAAUCACGUUAUCGUCCUGAUCCAACUGAACGUCUUGAUGAAUUAUUAAGUCGUGUUAAUUGUCAUGAAUUACGUCGAUCACGUGUAUGCCGUUUACCGUUUCAUCUUGGACCAUCGUCAGAAUUGGCUUUAGGUGUUUCCGUUUACUGUUUAAUUCGUCCAGUACACUUGCCUACUCCAGCAUGGCUUUCAUCUACUGACAAUAAACCAAUUACAGUAAGAAGGCAAUAUUACAAGGUCAUAGAUCCAUAUGGUUCAUAUGAUCCAGUGAAAGAUGCAGUGAUCGCUGAUCAUGAUCUAGUUCGUGGUAUUAAACUUGAUGGUCGUUAUGUCUGCUUUGAUAAAGAUGAAAUUAAUGAAGCAAUGAAAAAUAUUGCACCGGUUGGUAUCCACCUGUUAGGUUUUAUAUCAAUGAAAUUUUUAAAACGUUUCUAUUAUAUUCGUCCAGCACAAUUUAUUUACCCUGAUGAAGCGUCGAUACACGGAAGUUGUUUAUGGUUUACAGCUCUGUUAAAUCGUUGUCUAAAUCGUAAACUUUUAGCUAUAGCUAUAUAUGUUCAAAGAAGGGGACAAUUUCCACGUCUUAUUGCACUUUAUCCUCAAGCUGAAGAGGUAAAUGAAGUUAAUAUUCAGACUAUGCCACCUGGAUUUCAUAUUAUAUUUUUACCCUAUGCCGAUGAUUUCCGUGAUAUUGACAUUCCAUCUGGGGAAAUAGCCAAUGAAUCUCAAGUGGAUAUUGCUAAGGCAAUGAUACGUAAAUUAAUGGUACCAUUUAGUCCUGGACAAAUUGAAAAUCCCUUGCUACAACGUUAUUAUUCUCUACUUGAAGCGUUAGCGUUUAGUAGAGAAUCUCAAUCUGAAAUUAUUGAUCAUACAUUGCCUAAAAUUGGAGCUAUGAAAAGAAGAGCCAGUGUAGAAAUUGAAGCCUUCAGACAAUGUUUCAACUUGGAGGCAGCGAACUCAUCAAAGAAGACUUACUCUUCACAAUCAACUGACGGUAAUAGUAGUCAAACUGUAAAACCAUUUCUAUCUGAAGAUGAACUCAAAGCAGCUGUACAACUUGGUCAAUUAAAUAAGUAUACAGUGACAGUUUUACGUGAUACAAUCAAAUCACUUGAUCUUAAAAUAUCAACAACAAUAACUGGUCGAAGUAAAAAAUCUGAUAUUAUACAACAAAUAAUGAAUCAUUUUAAAUGA